AUAUUAUAAUGCGAAUUGCAAAUUGCAAAGUCAAACUUCUUCCCUCUCUUGUAUUAGUCCCAGACCCAAUCAAACCCCACUCAAUUUUCUCUCCCUCUCCAGCUCCCCGGAGUGAAGAAUAACUGACCGGACAAAUGGCGGAGAACGACGGAGCUGCCCACAACCCGGCCUUGGACCCGGAUCUGGACGCACCGGACGAGCCGGGCCACGAGUUUGCGCAGUUUGGGGCGGGCUGCUUCUGGGGGGUGGAGCUGACUUUCCAGAGGGUGGUAGGCGUGGUGAAGACCGAAGCCGGGUACUCUCAGGGCCACGUGCCAGACCCCAAUUACAAGCUGGUCUGCUCCGGGACCACCAACCACGUCGAGGUGGUCCGAGUCCAGUUCGACCCGAAUGUCUGCCGGUACACGGACCUCCUGGCCGUCUUCUGGGCCCGCCAUGACCCCACCACCCUCAAUCGCCAGGGUGGUGAUGUGGGUGCCCAGUACCGGUCGGGCAUAUACUACUACAACGAGAACCAGGCCCGGCUAGCUCGGGAGUCGAUGGAAGCGAAGCAGCUGGAGUACAAGGACAAGAAGAUCGCGACCGAGAUUCUUCCCGCAAAGCGGUUCUACGGGGCGGAAGAGUACCAUCAGCAGUAUCUUGAGAAGGGAGGCGGCAGAGGGCUGAAACAGUCUGCUGCCAAGGGCUGCAAUGAUCCCAUCAGGUGCUAUGGUUGACCCAAUUGCAACGUUACAGAGGAGGAGAUCACAUCUGCUAUCUUACAAUAAGAUCUCUCCCUUUUCAUGUUCAGCAUUUCUCUACUGGGUAUUAUUAGUCGAUGAUGAUGAUGAUGAUGAUGAUACAUACAUGGUUUGAUUAUUCGACUUUGAAGAUGAUAAUGUAAUAAGUACUUGCUCCCGUGAUUUCCUUGCUGGUCUUGUUGUACCAUUCUAAAAGAUCGCAGGCAAUGUCACAAUAAGUCAGUCGAUGAUUUAAGUUGGAUC